AAAUUUGACUGUUGGUCGGAUUACUGGUGGAAAUGUUUGCACUCAAACUUACUCUUGGGGUUUUUGCCCUGAUCUUCUCUUCCACAUGGGCUGAGGAAGUUGCCGUCGAGGACACCUCUGUGUCUGGAAGACUUGAGAGAGCAAACAGGGGUGUUGUGCGUGGGCCCGGUGAGCCAUUGGUGGUGGACGAUAUCGCCUAUGAGUCUGAGGCGGCGAAGAAUGCUGACCCCUGCACCUCCCGUGGGUGCAUGUGGCCUAAGUCUUCUGAUGGGAAGGUCUACGUGCCCUACGUGAUUGCCAACCAGUACUCCUCUCGGGAGCUGUCCGUCAUUGAGCGUGGUCUGCAGUCCUUUUCCAGCUCUACCUGCAUCCGUUUUGUUCGCAGAAGUAACCAGAGAGAUUACCUCUACAUCCAGUCUCUCAAUGGCUGCUACUCCUACGUGGGAAGUCUUGGCAAUGGUCAGACCUUGUCUCUGAGUCGUCAGGGCUGCAUCUACCACAACACAGUCCAGCACGAGCUGCUGCACGCCCUGGGCUUCAACCACGAGCAGACCCGUAGUGACCGUGACAACCAUAUCCGAGUCCUUCUGCAGAAUGUCAUCUCCGGCAUGGAGCACAACUUCAACAAGAUCAACACUCUGAACCAAGGCACUUCAUAUGAUUACAACUCUGUCAUGCAGUACCACAGAACUGCCUUUUCCAAGAACAACCAGCCCACCAUGGUCCCCAUCCCCAAUCAGAAUGUACAGAUUGGCACUGCUAGCCAGAUGAGCAGCAAUGACAUCUUGAGGUUGAACCGGCUUUACAAAUGUUAAAAGACACGUAAAGCGCUGGUCCCGAUUGGAUAAUGUAGUUGGAAGUCGUCUGCGCUUGAAUUCUACUGAUUGAGUCAUCUGGGUCCCUGAAUAUGGACUACCGUGACACAUGAAUGGCAGAAUUGAAUAAUAAACAUACAUGCAAAACACCAUCA